AUGUCCAGCUCUCUUUCUUCUUCUCUCUAUUCUUCCGUAUAGCCAUUCAAACUUUCAGUCUCCAUUAACCAAGUAACCUUGCAACCAUUUCUCCAAUUUUCACCUGUUGGGAAGGAGGAAAGUUGCUUCGACUUUGGGCUUUUUCUUCCGGUUCAUUCAUCUCUCGGAGACAAGCCGGCUCAAUCGAUGGCCCGAGCCGAGCUCCUAGUCAGGGCCUGUUGCGUGCUCGUCGCCCUGUCGAAUGUCGUCCACGGCAUCGGCGUGAACUGGGGGUCGAUCACGUCCCAUCCGCUGUCGCCGAGCAUCGUGGUCCAUAUGCUCAAGGACAACGGGAUCGACAAGGUCAAGCUCUUCGAUGCGGACUCUUGGACGGUCGACGCAUUGGCUGGAUCGGGCCUUGAGGUCAUCGUGGGCAUUCCCAAUGAUCAGCUCGCGAGAAUGGCUGAUAGCUACAAGAAUGCCAGGCACUGGGUGAAAGAGAAUGUCACCAAGCAUCUCUAUGAUGGGGGUGUUGACAUUAGAUAUGUGGCGGUUGGAAAUGAACCAUUCUUGAAGAGCUACAAUGGCAGCAACCUGAAAACCACAGUCCCGGCAUUGCAGAACAUCCAGAAGGCGCUCGACGAGGCCGGUCACGGGGACAAAAUCAAAGCGACGAUACCAAAUAAUGCCGACGUCUAUGAAUCCCCAUCGAACAAGCCUUCCGAUGCCGUUUUCCGGAGUGAUAUCAAAGGUAUCAUGACCGAGCUGGUCAAGUUCCUCCACGACAACAACGCCCCGUUUAUGGUCAACAUAUAUCCUUUCCUUAGUCUCUAUUUGAACGCCGAUUUCCCGUUUGAUUUCGCCUUCUGCGACGACGCUGGGAAGCCGAUAUACGACAAGGGCACUGAGUACAAGCACGUGUUCGACGCGAAUUACGACACCCUCGUUUGGGCGUUGAAGAAAGCCGGAGUCCCCAACUUGAAGAUCAUCGUCGGGGAAGUCGGGUGGCCGACGGAUGGCGACAAGAAUGGCAACGUGAAAUUGGCCAAGAGGUUCUACGACGGUUUCUUUAAGAAGAUGGCCGAGAACAAAGGGACCCCGUUGAGGCCCGGGAAUUUGGACGUGUACCUCUUCAGUCUCCUCGAUGAGGACAUGAAGAGCAUCGAGCCCGGGAUGUUCGAGAGGCACUGGGGUAUCUUCCGGUACGACGGGCAGCCGAAGUUUGCCAUGGACUUCACCGGGAAAGGCCACGAAAAGAUGCCGGUCGGGGCGAAGGGGGUCCAAUACCUGCCCGCACAGUGGUGCGUGUUCAACAGGGGCUUGAACAUGAGUGCAGUGGGGAGUGAAGUGAACUAUGCUUGCUCGCUCUCCGACUGCUCGAGCUUGGGUUACGGCUCCUCCUGCAACAGCCUCGAUGCCCACGGCAACAUCUCGUACGCCUUCAACAUGUACUUCCAAAUGCAAGAUCAAGACGUCGAGUCGUGCAACUUCAACGGCAUGGCCGAGAUCGUGACGCAGAACUUCUCGAAAGGUAGCUGCCUGUUCCCGGUGCAGAUAGUGAGCGCCGGGGAAAGGCUCGGCUCGGCGUUGGGCGCGAGUCUCGUCACGGGAUUGAUUGCGUUGUUCUCGCUGUUGUAAAGGGUUCGCCAUAACACGACUCGGGUGCCAAGAAAAACACGAAAAGAGAGCUGAAAAACGCAAUUGUAAGCUGUGCAUACACCUAUUCUAGUCUUCAGCUGACUGUUCUUGGUUCUCAUUUCUAGGGAAGUAAUUGAUCAUUCAAUUAUAGAUUUGUGAUA